UGGAAAAACACUGGGCUGUGGUUGUGCUGGUCUGCCCGAUUGCAACACCGAGGGUCUUGUUGCUACCGCUCAGAUGUGACCUGACUAAUGUCUUCAGCCCAGUCAGAGGAACACCGACCUGACAGAGCCUUAUCUUACCUCUAUUCAACAGGGACUAACUUACUUUUGCAUCUUCUUCUAUAAUAAGCGGCUCCCCAGGCCUGAUGGGGGAUCUGAGGGUGAAGAUGGGGGUCAUGUCACAGACGAUAUGCCCAAGCUCACGGGCUCCGUCUGAUGAGGACUUAAAGGCCCCGAAUGAUGGACAAGGAGAGAAAAUGCAGAUGAAAAGGGAGAUCUCUCUCAUCAAUGGCAUCUGCCUCAUCGUAGGAAACAUGAUCGGCUCUGGGAUCUUCGUGUCUCCAAAGGGGGUGUUGAUGUACAGCGCCUCCUAUGGGCUGUCAUUGCUGAUCUGGGCUCUUGGAGGUAUCUUCUCAGUGUUUGGGGCUUUGUGCUACGCAGAGCUGGGCACCACCAUCACCAAGUCUGGAGCCAGCUACGCCUACAUCCUGGAGUCGUUCGGAGGCUUCCUGGCGUUCAUUCGUCUGUGGACGUCCAUCCUGCUGAUCGAACCGGCCAGUCAGGCUGUCAUUUCACUCACCUUCGCCAACUACCUGGUGGAGGCCUUUUACCCCACCUGCCAGCCGCCGUAUGAUGGGGUCCGGCUCAUCGCAGCAGCCUGCCUCUGUAUUCUCAUCUUCAUAAACUGUGCAUAUGUGAAGUGGGGGACGCUGGUCCAGGACAUCUUCACCUACGCCAAACUCAUGGCGCUCAUCCUCAUCAUCAUUGUAGGAAUCCUGAAAAUAUCCAGUGGACAAACAAAAAGCUUCGAGAGUCCAUUCGAGGGUUCGUCCACUGACCCUGGAGCCAUAGCUUUGGCCUUGUACUCAGCGCUGUUCUCCUACUCAGGAUGGGAUACGCUCAACUUCGUCACUGAAGAAAUUGAGAAUCCAGAGAGGAAUCUGCCCCUGGCCAUCGCUAUUUCCAUGCCCAUAGUGACCAUCAUCUACCUGCUGACCAACGUGGCGUACUACGUGGUCCUGGAUAUGCCAUCUCUUCUGGCCAGUGACGCUGUCGCAGUGACGUUUGGAAACGCCGUCCUGGGUCCGUUCAAGUGGAUCAUCCCUAUUUCAGUCGCCAUGUCCUGCUACGGAGGACUCAACGCUUCCAUCAUCGCUGCCUCCAGGUUGUUUUUUGUGGGAGCCAGAGAAGGACACCUGCCCAACAGUCUGAGUCUGAUCCACCUGCAGAGGUUCACUCCAAUCCCUGCGCUGCUGUUCAAUGGGUUAAUGGGCCUCAUCUUUCUGUGUGUGGAGGACGUGUUUCAGCUCAUCAACUACUUCAGCUUCAGUUACUGGCUCUACGUGGGCCUGUCAGUGGCCGGACUCAUCUACCUACGCAUCACCCAGCCCGACAGACACAGGCCUGUUAAGCUGACGUUGUUCUUCCCCUUCGUCUACUGCCUGUGCAGUGUGUUCCUCGUCAUCAUCCCUCUGUACGGAGACACCAUCAACUCUCUGAUCGGCAUCGCCAUCGCACUUUCAGGAGUCCCAGUUUACUAUGUGGCCAUUUACCUGCCUGUGGAGCGAAGGCCCAGAUUCAUCUGUACAUUAAACGCCUUUGUCACUAAAUACACCCAGAUACUGCUCUACUGCUGCCUGACGGACUUCGACGCUGAAACACAAGCCGGCGGUAAAACUAAAUGAACCCCUCUUCGUCUGCGUUUGGACGAAUCUGGCCGGGUCGUCCGUUGUUGUUUUCCGCCGGAGGCCUGUUGUCAGUCCUGGUGCUGACGUUCGUACUCUCUGGACACAGGAAACCGAGGCCUUGCAUGGACAGAGCGGCGAGGCGCAGGCUCUCAGCAUUUGUGAGGAUUAUUUCUGCCAGGUCAAGUUUAAAAUAAGGCCUGUCGUCUCAAGUGACUCACCACUCUUCUGUGAAUGCUUUUCUACAGAGAUCAGGGAAUAUCUGUGAUUUUUUUUUAGACCAGUGUGGAAAAAAUAAACCUGUAUCUGAAACUGUUUCAUACGUUACUGGUGUGUAAUCAUGUGACGCCCCUUAUCCUGCAGCAGUGUGUCAAAUAUUUGCAAUCCAGGAAUGGAAAAUACUGAUUUAAGCAACACUGUGAUUGCUAUUGUGUAAAUAAAAGGGCAACUGCAUAUACUAGAGUAGACAUUUGAACCAGUCAGAGCAACGCUUAAGGGUGUUUUUAAGGUCUAAACAUUCUCAGGAGUAGUAAAAAUGUUGUAUUUAUAGAGGUCAGGGAUGGGGGUGAGACACAAUGACUCAACAGCGCCACCUAGGAAGUUCCAAAAACCACUACGACACCAUAAGCACUUUGACCUACAUUCAUAAAUUUAGUCCAAGCAUGUAUCAAAUCCAGACACAAAAAUACUUCUUGGAUACAAACCAAUAGGUAAUAUGUUUGGCUCCAAAAUCAAGCAAAUGAGGAAAUGUCUUAAAGUUGCAAUACCGCCAACGGCCAUUGGGGGUGUGUUCAAAAGGCACAUUUUUAAAUCCCUGUAUAAAUGUAAAUGCCCAGGUGAAUCUGACCCCUGGAAGUUAUUACACCGCCCCCCCUCGAAGGAGAGGCAAGGGGUGUUGUUGUUGGUUCGGUUUGUUUCUUUUUUUGUUUGUUU